AUGAGUUCUUUUGAGAANAAGGUUAAAAAGGAAGCAUAUAUGAUGGAAACUAAUCAAAAUCUUCAUGUUGGUGUUAAACAUGACUUCGACCUAAACAAGCUUCCGGAGAUACAUGAUUUCGAUUUGAACAAGCUUCCAGAGACAAAGGAAGGAGUAGAUAUGGCGGAAAUUGAUCAAUCAGCUGAUUUGGAGAAUCUAAACGUCAAAAAUAAAUUUGAUUUGAACAAGAUUCUCGAUGAUGGUGCAACGCCCUAUCCAGAAUAUAAUGAAGCUAUCGAAGAAAUGCUCAGGAUUUUGCUUCCUGCGUAUUUUAAGAUUUGA